ACCACUGAACACAUCACGUGACUCAAUGUUUUGAUCCUUCUGCGUGGUGCUGCACGGAGACAUCUCUGCCUGCUGAAACCGGCUGAAACGAUACUAAACCUGCUAUCUUGAUCAGAAAUUUACUAUGUAGAAACAACGUCACGUUUUAUUCACACGCCUGACUUACUAGUUAACGUUACGUCUAAAAACCACAACGUUAAAUCUGCUGUAUUCGCUUUAGCUAGCAAGCUAGCAUCGGCAUCAACAGUGUCAACGAUGGCAGCAGUUGACAGCUUUCAGUUUUUGUAUAGAGAAAUUUCUCGGUCAUGCAAUCCUUAUUUUGAAACCCUGGCCCUGGUCGGUGCUCUUUACACGGCCAGCAGGGCAAUAAUCCUCCUGAGGGACUGCUGCACUUUGGUCAGGGUGCAUUUCCUGCCCAGAAUAAUCCCUAGUAAGAAGAAGCUGAGCCAAAGAUUUGGAGACUGGGCUGUCGUUUAUGGUGCAUCAGAGCCUGUGGCCAAAGCCUAUGUAGAGGAGCUGGCCAGACAUGGCAUCAGUAUUAUCUUUGUCACUCAGAGCCACACGUCUGUUGAAGACACCGCUGCUUCUCUCUCCCAAAGCUACGGAGUGGAAACUGUUGUCGUCCUUGUUGACUUCUCUUUUGGCCAGGCGGCCGGCAAUAACAUCAAAGAAGCCAUGAAGGGUAAAGAUAUCGGCUUCCUGGUGAACUGUGUGGAGUCUUUGGCUUCCCCUCAGAGCCUGGUUGAAAUGCCUGAGCAGGGCCUGUUAGAUUUGGUGAAUAAGAGCGUUGCGGUCGCUACUCUGAUGACCCGGUUGGUGCUGCCAGGGAUGCUGGAGCGCAGCAGAGGAGCUGUGGUCAAUAUAUCAUCGGGUGCUUGCUGCAAACCCCUGCCUGGAAGAGUGACACUCAGCGCCUGCACUGGCUAUAUGGAACAUUUCUCUAGAGCUCUUCACCUUGAGUACAGCGGCAAAGGGAUCUUUGUCCAAAGUCUGAUUCCUUUCCAGUUAGCCUCAAGUGAGCGACAACCGUCAUCAUCAGGAGCAGCGUCACUAAGACUGGGCUGGUUUGAACCAGAUCCAGAGGUCUACGCCCGCCACGCCAUCUCCACCCUGGGAGUCUCUAACAGGACCACCGGAUACUGGCCUCACACACUGCAGUACGGGCUGAUGAGACGUAUUCCAGAGUUUAUUUGGGUUCUUGGAUCACGUGUGCUCAGUUCAAGCUAAGCGCUCUCCUCCCGCACUAAAGACUUAACCCAGUUACUGGAUCUUCUUGUUACCAGAGUCCUGUAGAGUUUUAGUUUCUUCUGUCAUUAGUGAACUCGAGCUCUGUUCAGGUUGGUAGUUCAAUACAUUUUCUUCUAUUUAUUUCGUAUCAAUAUUUAGGGAUGCUGUGGUGGAGUCAAUGUACAUCACUCGUGUAUUAAUAUGUGGUCUGACAAAUCUGCGACAUCCUAAAUUAACUAUAGAACACAAACAACCUGAUGAUUCAUUGUUAAAAUGAUCAUUUGUAUUUCAAUUACCCUCGGCGUCAGCUUAAAUUCUUGUUUUCCUUGCAUGCCUCUAAAAACGAUGAAUUAAAGUAAAUGUAGGCGAUGUUCAACGACGUCAAAAACAUCCAAACUCUCACGCAGCUCGUGCAGAUGAAUCCUCAUCGGUCCAGUCGAACGCUCACUGAAACCUUUCUAUUUAAAACACUUCCGCACAAACAUUCUCACGCUCGCGCGGGAACGCUUCUCGAGGUCUGAAGUGUCCUAACGCCUCGUUCUUUAAUUACAGAUUUAAAAACUGAAUGUACGAUUAUUUUUUCUAUGUAUUUAAAAACAAAAAGUUGCACACUGAAAUACUUUCGUUCUGCAUAACAGAGUUCAGUACAGACGUACAGGUGAGGUCAAAAACCUCACGUCAACUGUUACGUAAAGACAAACGGCAAUAAUAAAGAUUUCUGACGUCUCGUGUGUGACUUCCAGUUCUUUCUGGUUGAACCGCUUCACCAGCAGCGACCGCACCUCCAGUAAAGGACACGUUCAAAGAACAAAUGGCAUUAAGCCUAAAACCAAACCCCACGCCAGUCAGUCAGAGGCAGACGGAUAUAAUAGUGUGUUGUUGCAACAGAGUCAACAUAAGUCCAGAUCUCAACGUGACGUAGAGAUUGUGAUGUUUUGUUUCGUUGAGAAACGAUAUUUGAGAUAUGUAGAUAUUACUUUAAAACAAGUCUUUAUUGUAAGAUGUGUAAACAGAUGUUGAUGUAUGUUGUGGGUAUAUAACUGAAACACAUGUGUCAUUAUAAAACAAACAAUAAAGUCUGUCUCCAUUCCCUCA